GAGGAGGAAAGGUCCUGCAAAGGAGGGGCAAGGCGGAUUAAACCCUGGGCCAAAAGGGAGAGGCGCAUUUGCGGGGCGAGAGGAUGCUGUACUGCUGGGGCCAGGGCUCUGCUGGGCAGCUGGGGCUGGGGACAGAGGAAGGGCUCUCUGAGCCGGUGCCUUUCCGCCCAGGACCCCGAGCUCCCGAGGACCAAGCGGUGGUGCUGGUGGCUUGCGGGGAGCGGCACACGCUGCUGUUGCGCGACGAUGGCGGGGUAGCCUCUUGCGGAGACAACAGCCGGGGACAGCUGGGCAGGAGGCUCCCUUCGGGGCAGGAGAAGCGCUCCCACGUCCCAGAGCUAAUCCAAGCAUUUGAAACACAAAAAAUUGUCCAUGUAAGCUGUGGAAAGGAGCACUCAUUGGCCGUUUGCAACAAAGGAAGGGUCUAUUCAUGGGGAGCUGGCACUUUUGGACAGCUGGGCACUGCUGAAUUGGGAGACCGUUUACUUCCAAAGGCAAUAAAUGCUUUGUCCAAAUACAAGGUAAUCCAGGUUGCUUGCGGACAUGACCACUCAAUAGCGCUGACAAAUGACGGCAGAGUUUUUUCAUGGGGUCAGAACAUCCAUGGGCAGCUGGGGCUUGGCAGAGACAUCUCCUCCCAGGCUUUUCCGCAGCAAGUCUCUGCUCUGGAUGGCAUCCCAUUAGCCCAGGUGGCAGCGGGUGGAGCGCAUAGCUUUGCCCUGUCCCUUUCUGGUGUUGUGUAUGGAUGGGGAAGGAACAAUGCACGUCAGCUGGGACUGAGCCAAGCUAAGCCCAAAGAACAAAUCUUCAAACCAUACUCAAUAGCUGCUUUGAGGAGCCUUGAUGUUGCUUUUGUGAGCUGUGGGGCUGAACACACUGCUGUGCUCACCCAGAAUGGCAGUGUGUUCACAUUUGGAGAUGACAGUGCUGGACAACUGGGCCGCAGUAGUUCUUCAAGUCCAAAGUUUGGUCCUCAGAAAGUUGAGUGGAUUGAUGGUCCAGUAUCACUUUUAGCAUGUGGAAGUUAUCACACUCUUGUGCGCAUCUCUACUUCUGGUCAGCUUUUAUCUUUUGGCCGUGGACCUUUGCAGCGAAAUGGAAGUGGAACAAUGCAGAGCAAGCUGGAUGAGGGAGGAUGUCUGAACAUUAGUGCUCUUGUUUCUCCAAAUGAAUUGCAGGGCAUCCAAGUGAAACAGAUUUUUGCUGGAACAUAUGUCAACUUUGCCACAGUGUUUCGCACACAGGUUUCUUCAUAUGGGAGUGAAACUCUCUCUAUGGAACCCUUGCCACGGAUUAACCGGCUGGAGGAAAUGCAGAUGGACAUGUGGUUGUCAGCAACUGCAGAAAGUGAAAAGCGGCAGAAUGCAAAAAGGGAAAUAGAAACAAUAUUUUCAUCUUCUUCUUGUUUAACUGCAAGCUUUUUAAAGCAAGGAUCUCCUUUUAAAAAUGGCUGUUGUGUAGCAAUCGAUUUGGAAAAAGCAAGAAAAGUAUUUGAGAAGCUUGCAACUAGAGACUGGAUAGCUGGAAGAAUCUCUUUCUGCCUGUUGAACUACCUGAUUCCAUCCCUUCCGCUGAAUUCUCCUCACCAAGAAGCCCUUUCGAUCUUCCUGCUGCUGCCUGAGUGUUCUGCAGCCCUUGAAGCCCAGAAAAUGCAGUCUUUGGCCCUUCCUUUUGCAAAAGCAGUUCUAGGCUUAAGCAAGCGCUCUUCCGAAAUUUUAGAAAACUAUUGGUCUUUGCUGCCAACCUCAUGUUUUGACCAAAUAGUUCAGAUGCUUAACAAAGCUGUGAAAUCUCAGCUGUCCUAUUACCAUUUCUUCCCGCAAUGCCAAGAAGUUAUUCCACUUCUCAAAGUACUUAAAAAAUUGUACAAGGUAAACAAGAAGGCAGACUACAAGCUUCAGAUAAGAAACUUCUACAUCAAUGAAAUCAAUCAAAUAAUUAAUACCUUCGGAGACUUAGCAAGGUGGCAUGUACAGAAGAUACAUCCAAAUCCAGAAACAUGUCCCGUUUCUCUUUGUUGCUUUCCUUUUGUUUACAAUCUACUGACCAAGAUGGAGAUUUUCGCCAUGGAGGCCAUUUUCAAUCAAGAGUCAAUGAAGGCUGCUGCCCAACAUACAAUCAUGCUGAAUCGAUUGCAGAGCAGCAGUGAACUCCCCAAGUUGCCCGUCUUUCUUUUGAAAGUGCGGCGCCAGAAUCUUGUUGAAAACGCUUUGCACAAACUGAGUCAUGUGGAGGACAUCUCUCUCAAGAUGCAAUUGUUGGUUGAAUUUGAAGGAGAGAUGUCUAGAUUUGAAGCUGGAGGGGUUCUUUUGGAAUUCUUUUCACAUCUUUUUGAGGUUAUGGUGCAGCCAGACUAUGGGAUGUUUAUGUAUCCUCAUCCAAGUUCUCCGAUGUGGUUUUGUACCAGGAAAAAAGUAGCCAAGAAUAAAUACUAUUUUUUUGGGAUCCUCUGUGGCCUUGCCAUGUUCAACAGAGUCAUUGCCUAUGUGCCUUUCCCACUUGCUGCUUUUAAAAAACUGCUUGACAAGAAACCCACCCUUGAGGACUUAAAAGAGCUGGACCCUGUACUUGGGAGGAGUUUGCAGACAGUUCUUGACUAUGAAUGUGAUGACAUUGAAGAAAACUUUCAGCUGUGCUUCUCUAUUUUCUGGGAUGAUGUGAAGGUGGAUUUAAUUCCAAAUGGCAGUUCUGUAGCUGUGAAUAACAGCAACAAGAAGGAUUUUGUCAACAAAUAUGUAGAUUAUAUUUUCAACAUAUCUGUAAAUGAAGUUUUUGGAGAGUUCAAGAGAGGGUUUUACAAAGUCCUUGACAAAUGCAUGGUUGACUUCUUCGAGCCUCCAGAACUAAUGGAAGCAGCAAUUGGAAAUGCAAACUAUGACUGGGAAUUGUACGAAAAGAAUGCUGUGUACUGGGGGAUAUACAGUCCAACACACCCUACCAUUAAAAUGUUCUGGAAGGUUUUCCAUGAGCUACCUUUGACUGACAAAAAAUCCUUCUUGUUAUUUAUUGCAGGAACUGACCGAGUCCCUCCGAUGGGGAUGGAUUCCUUGAGGAUCACAAUUCACUCGCACCGGUCUCUUUCAGAAGAUCAUAUCCCCGAAGCCCAGAUCUGUUUUCAUCUUUUGCUCCUGCCACCUUAUUCCACAAUUGAAAAACUCAAGGAGAAACUGCAACAAGCCAUUGAGAACAAUCGAGGCUUUGGCAAACAGGAAAAUGAAAAUGUCUGAAAUGGAGAUUCUCUUUUUUGGCAGUUCUUAACAAACCUACACUUAGGCUUAACAAACGCAUACUGGCUCCUGCUGAUCACUGCAUUGUCAUCAAGAUACUACUGGCAGACUCCUGUAUAAUCCGUUCUGAUUUUUUUUCUUGAUAUUGUGGUCUAACAGACUGGUUGUAAUUUCCUGGAUCAUCAUGUCUUCUUUUGAAGUGGGCAACAAUGUGUUUCUCUACUACAGCUUUAUCUCCUAAAAGCUGAAAUAAGCUUCCUAGCUUUUUUGAUUUGAAAGCUCCUUUCACAGUUCUGUUUCUUUUAGAAUUAUUUUCCUGGAUAAUUCCUUAAUUACAUCUUUAUUUGUGUGUGCGUGUGCGUGUGUGUGUCAGGAGCAACUUGAAAAACUGCAAGUCGCUUGUGGUGUGAUUGAAUUGGUCAUUUGCAAAGACGUUGCCCAUGGGUCGCCCAGAUGUUUUACCAUCCUGUGGGAGGAUUCUCUCAUGUUCCCACAUAAGAAACUGGAGCUGUCAGACAGGAGCUCACCCUGUUCCCCAGUUUGAACCGCCGACCUUUCAGUCAGCCGUCCUGCCAGCACAAGGAUUUCACCAUUGCACCACCGGGAGCUCCUCCAUUGAGGAUACACCUGUUAAUAGUCAAGAUCCAAGAAGCAUGUUGAUGGAAUAUAAGCUUAUGCAAAUGGGUUUUUUUUUGUCAUCACUUAGAGCAGGGGUGUCUCUUUUGGCCCUCCAGAUGUUUGGGCCUUCAGCUCAGAGAAGGCUGAGCCAGUUUGUCUAAUGGCCAGAAAUUCUGGAAGCUGAAGUCCAAAACACCUGGAGAGCCACAGGUUUCACACCAGUGACCUGGAGGAUAGGAGCUGUUCCCCUUUCCUGUUUCCUCCUCAGAUGGACAUUUACGGUCAUUGCCCAGGGGACGCCUGGAUGUUUUUGAUCUUUUACCAUCCUUGUGAGAGGCUUCUCUCAUAUUCCCGCAUGGGGAGCUGGAGCUGACAGAGGGAGCUCAUCUGCAGUCUCCCCGGAUUCAAACCUCUGACCUGUUGGACUUCAGUCCUGCUGGCACAAGGGUUUAUCUCAUC